GGAUGAAACGCAUGUUAGGGAAAAGUGAGAAAGAGGAAGCUCGUGUUAGUGUGGCGACACUGAGUGAAACUCUGAAAUCGAGACUCGCUGCCAGUGCACGGGUUGACAACGUGGGCGACCUCAUGAGGAUAAAUAAGAGUCGGCGUCUGAUCGGAUGGGAAUUGCGCACCACCAUGCACGAACACAGCUGCAACUUCUGCGAUCAGGAGGCUGGACUACAGGGACAGGAGCCCUCCACUCCGAUCCUCCGGCAGAUCGCACACAGAAUCCACCGAAUGUCCCAGAUCCACGCCUUUGGAUUGUUCUUUGGGAUGUCAGUCAUGGCUUUACUGCUGAUUGCGGUUCUGCUUGGAGGACGGAUUCAGUUCCCGGACAACCAGGUAAUGCCACCUGGAAAGGCUUUACUCGUGAGUGAGACACAACAGCAACCAGUGCAUCCAAGCGCGUUUCUAACAGCACCUGCAGACGGUACCAGUAACGGAAGAUAUCUCAAAUGGGAGACAACGUUGGGUAAUGCCCACUGCCAAGGAUUCAAUUACUCUGGCGGGAACCUUACAGUGCUCAGAAAAGGAUACUACAGCAUUGCCCUGCAGAUCACCAUGGAGAACAUCAAUGGCACGUGUGAUGGAAAUCAGCUGCACCUGACGGUGUUUCGGUUUAAAGUUCAAUAUCCCGACUUUAAGUCUCUCCUGGAAACUUAUGAUACCAUGUGUUGCACAAAAGGUUGUAUAAAAUCUUUGUUUACAUCCGGCGUAUUUUCCCUGGAAGCUGGCACCAUCCUACGGGUGGAAGUUUCUCACCCUAAGCAUAUCACGCAACGGCUGAAUGAACAAGAAGUCUUCUUUAGUGUUCAUCUGCAGUCGUAGUCUGUUCGGACAGUAAGGAAUGCACGUUUCACUUUAUGUAAAUCUAAGAAAAGCUACCAGUGUAGUUUUGCGGUUCCCUGUCACUGCUAGGCCUCAUGAAAAGUUUAAAUCCACUGAAGAUGACUGCACUGUAAGAAGCUAAUAGUUCAGUUGCUCUACCAUAGGUUUGCUUUAUCUCUUUAAUGUUAAAAGCUGCACUAUUUUUAACAUCUCAUUUCAAACAGCUCACAGAAACAUACCAGUAUCUUGAUGGAGAUUAAAUUAUUAUUCAUCACUCUGCACAUGUUUUCCCAACAACAGUUAAAAUAUCUGUAACAUCUGCAGUUUUCAUCAUUUGUCAUGAUUUGUAGUUUGGUGUGAAAGAUUUUAUUCAAUUAUUCCUGCUGCUCAUAUAUGUUGUGUUUUUAGUAGCUGAUAAAACAAAAAAGGGAAACACAUCAUCUUGGACUAAUGGUUAAUUUCAAAGACUCUAACCCCAAUUUACAGAAAUCAGUGACAUUAUAAGGGGCUAGCUGAUUUAUUUUACCAUCAAUGUACAUAGUAAUGAGUCUUAGCCUAGGAAAAAGUUGUAUUUCUUGGGGUUGAAAAUGAAAGUAUGGGGGGGUGGGGGGGGGUCGAGCAUUGAUGUUGGCAUUCAUGAUUUUGCUUUGUUGUGUUAUUGUUGUUGGAUUCCUAGCAUUCAGGUUGCUGUUAACAUGGCCAUGUCCACCAAACUUUAUCCAGGAAAUUCCUCACAUCCAAUAAGCAGUCACACUUGAAAGAAACAUUUGGAAGCUGUUACUGGAAAUGGUCAUUUCUGUGAAUUGAUCAACGUAUAAAUGAUUUUUCCCCCAUCUUUUAAUGUUAGUGGUAAAGCCUGUAAAACCCUAUAGGACAACAUUUUAGAAGAAAGGAGAUGAGAAUACACAUGAUGGAAGUAAUGUUGAAAGAAAGAGCAGCGUGGAUGAGUGUAAUGCUGACAGCAUGGGGAAGCUGAAGUAUAGAGCUGUAGCUGUUGCUUAUUUUUGUUA